AUUCUCCUUCCUUGCCUCUCUCCCUGCCUCUCUCCCUGCCAUUUGGCUGCUUCCAAACGUAUCCCACUUCACCGAGUUGGUCUGGAGUCCAGCGCACCCACAACUACCACUCUUUUCCUACUAGCCAUAGUAGCAUGCUGAUAAAUAGCAUCCAGGGACUGGUAGGAGGAGUACAGGGUGAAGAUAAACAUGACAUUACAUUCCUCCCUAUUUUUAAAGAGCUUCAUUAUCUGGACAUGUCUGAGUAGAUCAGGACUUUUCCAUGAAGCUGGAAGGCCGGGCUGUUGACACCUUUCUCCCUCCAUUAAAAGUAGUUCAUGGUUACUGGCAGCUGCCGCUGUUCGGAGCAUGCAGAGAGAGAGAGGUACCGCUGCAGUAGGAAGACCUUCCAGUUUCCUCUAGUCCUGGGCUUGGAGACAGAUCUGCGUGCUGCCGGAGCUGUCAGCCGCUGGCAGGCAAAGGCUUCCGGCAGGCAACAGGUUAGCUGCAGCCGUGUGCUCAGAGACGGAGGCAGCCAGUGUCCGCCUGCUGCCCUCCAGCCUCUCGCCGCUGCCGCCCAGCGAUGGAGCCCGCGCUGUCGUCCUCUUCUAUGGCUGAGAGAAAGCAAACAAGUAAAGCUGAGGCGGAAGGCUUGCAGGUUACCGUGCCUGAGAAGAAGAAGGUGGCCAUGUUGUUUCAGCCUGCUCUGCUUCGCUGCCAUUUCUCCACUUCCUCUACCCAACCAGCUGUGGUGCAGUGGAGGUUUAAAUCUUACUGCCAGGACCGAGUGGGAGAAGCUUUGGGGAUGGCGACUUCUGGUUUACAAACGAUGAGCAAGAGGAACCUGGACUGGGAUCCCUACUUGGACUGUGUGGACAGCAGGAGGACAGUCCGAGUUGUGGCCUCCAAACAAGGAUCUGCCGUCACUAUAGGGGACUUCUAUAAGGAAAGAGACGUCAGCAUUGUCCACGAUGCAGACCUCCAGAUUGGGAAGUUGAUGUGGGGAGACAGUGGGCUCUAUUACUGCCUUAUUAUCACACCGGAUGAUGUGGAGGGCAAGAAUGAAGAAUCGGUGGAGCUGCUUGUGCUUGGCAGGACAGGGCUGCUUGCUGAUCUCUUGCCCAGUUUUGCUGUGGAGAUUAUGCCAGAGUGGGUCUUUGUGGGCCUGGUGAUCCUGGGGGCAUUCCUGUUCUUCCUCCUGGUGGGGAUCUGCUGGUGCCAGUGCUGCCCACACAGCUGCUGCUGUUACGUCCGCUGCCCCUGCUGUCCCGAGUCCUGCUGCUGUCCCCGGGCCCUGUAUGUAGCAGGCAAAGCAGCAAAAGCUGGGUACCCUCCUCCAGUCUCUUCCAUGCCAGGUGCAUACUACAUCCCCAGCGUUCCUGUCACUGGUGUCCCGUCUCCUGCUGUGCUCAUGGAUAAGUCGCACCCUCCUCCCUUAGCCCCAAGUGACGCCAGCGGAGGAAGCCAAAAUGCAGUGCGCAAAGGGUACAGGAUCCAGGCUGACAAGGAAAGGGACUCCAUGAAGGUGCUGUACUAUGUGGAGAAGGAACUGGCUCAGUUUGACCCAGCUAGGAGAACGAUGCGAGAACGAUAUAACAACACCAUCUCUGAGCUCAGCUCUUUGCACGAAGAGGACCUGAACUUCUGUCAGCCCUACCGUCAGUCACGAAGGAAACCUCUGCCUCCUGCUGGGGACCUGGAUGGCGACGCUGAAUACUGGGCUGGAGUGAUGGGGGGGGGCAGCACGUCCAGGUCACAGGCUGUCUCCGAUUACAGAGAUGAGCGGGACACUUUCUGGCACAGCCAGCAGAGAUCCAAGUCCGAGAUGUUGUCCCGUAAGAGUUUCUCUGUGGGAGUGCCGGCUGUCUCCAUGGACGAGCUGGCAGCCUUUGCAGAGUCCUACAGCCAGCGGCCGCGGCGGGCAGACAGUCAGGAAACGCGGCGCUUCGAGCGCUCGGAGUCGCACGGAGGCCGCAGCGGAGGGCUGCCCCACCAGGAGGGCUCCAUUGAAGAGUACUACCCCAAGCGCAGCAGAGGGAACCGGGAGCCACUGACAGACUCGGACCGGGGCUGGUCGUACAGCCCACCGCGGAGACGGGCCCACGAGGAGAAGCACCUGCCCAGGCUGGUGAGCCGGACGCCUGGAGGGAGCCAGAAAUACGAUCACUCCUACCUCAGCAGCGUGUUGGAGAGGAAAUCCCGGAGCUACGAUGAGAGCGGUGACCAUAGCGAAACUCCCUCAAAGCUGAGCUCGCAGCCCAGCCAGAGGGGAGGGGGAACGUACUAUGCGUGGUCACCACCCUCCACCUACAAAGCCGAGAAAUCGCAGCAGCAGUCACAGCAGUCGCCAUCGUCCCCUGAGCAGGAGGAAGAGGAGGACUCCCUGCCCCCGUACAGCGAGAGGGAGCUGAGCCGAGGCCCUUCAUACAGGGCCAGGGAGCAGGCCUACCUCAACGCCUCUGACAAGAAGAGGAAAAAGGACCCCAAGAAAACAAACGAUUUCCCAACGAGGAUGUCCCUUGUGGUUUGAAGUUGUUGUGGACAUGUCAUGUUGAUGGGCUGGAUGCCAUGAGGUGACUGCAAUGGAAAAGAUAGAGAGCAACAAGCAAGACAAGCCUCCAUGAACCUUUGCAGCCAUCGGCCAUGGACUCCGUUUCUAUUGUUUGUCUCAUCGGGGGAGUAGGGGCUUUCACAAGAGACAGACUCCCAUGAACAGUACUCGGUCUCAGAGGCUCUGGGAGUCUGCCAGGAAAAUGAGGCCAGGGCUCUCUUUGGCACCCUGUUUUCCAGUGCCCUCUAUUUCACGCUGGAAGGCAGCCACAUCCCCCCUGUCCUGCAGCCCUGAACUACAAGCGAGGCUGCCUGCGUGCCUCUUGCCCUGUCCCAUGUGCAGAGAGAAGCCUUUGCGCAUACCUCUUGCUCUCUCUGUCUCCUCAGUUCUCUGUUUGGAUCAAAGUUGUCUCCACACUUGCACUUCGAGCCUUUUCUGUAUCAUCCCCAUGCUGGGAGGAAGCCUUGUUCUUACAGCUGCAGACUGCCUCCAGCUUGUCAGGCCCUAAAUCAUGAAAGAAAAUCUACAUCCUUCCAGGCACUAUAGAAAAGGACUGGUGAGGUGUUACUUUGGCAAGGGCUGAACAGAGAGAGAGAGAGACAAUUACGGGCUGGUUAGUUCAAUAUAUUUAGUUCUGUUCAUUGUGUGAUGAAAGUUGCAGGUGAGAUUGAUGUAUUAUUUUGAAAGUGGAUCAAAGUAGUUUUUAUUGUGAAGAGAGCAUGAUGUGUUUUUCCCCCCAUCCCCAACUGUGUUUUGUUUUGAUACUGUUACAUUUCUUUGCAGUCCAGCUGUGACCCUAUAGAGCUUCAAGCUAGGCUAUCUACUCCACCAUACCAUAAGCAGUGCUCUAGCCUUGCUGGCACUCUGCUUCCAGCACCACCAGACAUCUCUGCAUAGCAAGUUUUUGUUUUAAAGGGCCUUUGUGUUUUAAAGAAGCUAAAAGGGGAAAGUUGUCAGAGGGCAGCUGUCUCCAUUCUGUCCCACCAGUAUUACUCCUUUCUGGUCAUUGUCCCCAGACAUCGAAGAGAGCAGUAACAGCAAUGGAAAAAGAGCUAACACUGUGGAUGAACACGAGCUUUAAAAGUCACCUUUUUCACUUACAGCCAUUUCAUUCACUUCAGUUGUGACAUGGUUUUAGUGGCUGUUUGUCUCAGGAACAGCUCAAUUUCGAAGUGAAGUACUUCAAACUGGAAGCCUGGCAUUCUGGUUUACAUUGGGUAUACUGCAGCCAUUUCAUUAAUUUUUAGCUGCUAAUGUCAUAACAUGAAGGAAGAUGAUGGGAAUAUUUUAAGGUCCAGUAUCUUGAUCCCUAUUAUGUCUAGGAACAAGUUAGUGCCCUGUUGUGUUAUGGACAUUGUCAGCCUCUGAAAUGCCAUUUCUGUUCUUACUCUGGAAAUCUGGGGAGCUGUCUGGCCUCAGGUGCUCAUUCUGGCAACACUGGUUUGAAUGCAAGAUUUAUUAACAUCACUGCAAUUCUCCAUUAAUUUCUGUAUUACUCUGUUACCAGAUCAGUUCACCAGGAACAGUCAGGGGAAAGGAAGAAUUAUCUUCAUAGAUUUGAUGACAGUGCAGUUGUCAUGCUAGAAAAUGAAGUGAUGAAAAAAUUGCUUGCUUGUCCUGUGCUCCUCUAGUGAUGACUGUAAUUUUGGAAAUCCCAAUCCUGGGACUUACAGGCCAGAGGACUAGAAGCCCCCUCUAAAUAUAUAUAGCUGCUCUAUGGUCUCCCUGGAGCCGCCUUUUCUCCAGGCUGAACAAGCCCAACUGUCUCAGCCUGUCUCCAAAGGAGAGGUGCUCCAGCCCUCUGAUCAAUUUUGUGGUGUCCUCUAUACCCGCUCAAGCAGGUCCAUGUCUGCCUUGUGUUGAGGACACCAGAACUGCACACAGUACUCCAGGUGGGGUCUCACAAGAGCGGAGUAGAAGGGGAGAAUCACCUCCCUCGACCUGCUGGUCAUGCUCCUUUUGGUGCAGCCCAGGACGCAGUCGGCUUUUUGGGCUGCAAGUGCACAUUGCCAGCUCAUAUCCAAUUUUCAUCCACUGGUACCCCAGGUCCUUCUCUGCAGGGCUCCUCUCAAUCCUUUCAUCCCCCAGACUGCACUGAUAUAGGGAGUUGCCCCGGCCGACGUGCAGGAUAUUGUGCUUGGCUUUGUUGAACCUCAUGGGGUUCACAUGGGCUCACUCCUCAAGGCUGUCAGGGUCCCUCUGAGUGGCAUCCCUUCCCUCCACUGAAUCAGCUGCGCUGCUCCGUGUGGUGUCACUCACAAACUUGCUGAGGGUGCACUUGGCUCCACUGUCUGUCAUUAAUAGAGACUGAACAGCACCAGUCUUAAUACAGGACCCCUUGAGGGACACUGCUUGUUACUGAUGUCCAUUUAGACAUCAAGCCAUUGACUGCAACUCUCUGGAUGCGGCCAUCCAGCCAAUUCCUAAUCCCUCAAAUAAUCCAUUCAUCAAACCCAUCUUUCUCCAGUUUACAGACAAGGAUGUUGUGUGGGACUGUGCCAAAGGCCUUACAGAAGUCAAGCUAGAUGACAUCAGUUGCUCUUUCCUUAUCCACCAGUGCAGCCACUCCAUUGCAUCCUCCAGAUAGCCAGGCACUAUUUGUCCUUUGGGAAGGGCUGUCUCCGAUUGCCUCCCUGCCACCCAUAUGCCUUGAUAGAGCUUCCAGGAGGAGUUGUUCUGUGAUGGUACUGGACAUGGAGGUGAAGCUGACUGGUCUGUAGAUUCCAGGGUCCUCCUUUCUGUCCUAUAUAAAAAUGGAUGUGAAGUUUUCCUUUUUCCAGGCACUGGGGGCCUGACUGCCUGGGAAUGGCUUAGCAACCACAUUUGCCAGUACAUGCCAGAUAUAUCUACUUGUAUUAUGUCUGGAGAGACUAAAGUAUUUUCAUUUUUUCUCAUCUUUGAUACAUGUUCCUAGGAGAAUCCCAGCACAGUUAGAAAGAGGUGGUUGGCAUCUGAGGUCUCCGUGGUCUUGAGAAGCUUACAGAGCUACACUGCACGCUAUUUUAAAUUAAACCCUUCAUCCGUGACACAUGAUGAUACUAGCAGCUAGAAAUGUUGGUGUUUUGUUAGUCUGAAAACCUUGGGGAACCCUAUGCCAUGAAUUUCAAAGGAGCUGAGCCCGCUAUCUUUUCCAUCAGACAUCCAGCAGACCCAGGAAACGUUUCACACAGAAAUUUGAAAGCGCAUCUGCAACAAUGGCUGUGUCGGAAAGGGGGCAGAAUGGUGAUUUAACAGUCUCCAAACACCUGUAUCUUUUAAAUCAUACUGAAAGCCAGAGCGUCACAAUCUCCUCAUUUCAGUUAUGUCUGUCCCUUAUCUCAGUCACUGUAGUUUGUUUGAUCAAGCCCUUAGGAAUGAGUUGUGUGUAUUAAAAAUACAAGCCUUCUCAGUUUUUUGAAUCAGUUUUGUUUGCUCAAUGCUGGUACUUCAGGGCAUUGUGUACAUUAUGCCUAAGAAGUUGCCAUUUAUGUAUCUAGCUUAUAAAUAAGUAGUUGCAAGCUAAUUCUCUUCAGAAAACUAUUUUAAUUGUAGAACCAAGUGUUCGUAAGAACUCUCUGACCUUUCUUUUGAAUCCAAGUACAUGGAAAAGUAUUGAAGAUUUUGUGAUGAGUUUUAGCAGGUGACAAAAAUCUCAGCCUCAAAAAAAAUAGAAGAGCAGGCCUUAAUUCCCUGAAGUCAGAUGUGGGCAGCACCCAUCAGUUGGCUGCACCUUGCUCUACCAUCACAGAUUUCUUACCUCCCUCUGUAAAUCUGAAGACAUUUUCAGUUACUGAUGGUGUCUCCUCAGGCCAUCUUUAUUUUUGUCAUUAGAAAUGCAUCUGCAGCAGCACCGAAUGGACCAAAUAAAGCAAAGGGUGAGGUAGAGCGGGUCUUCCACCUCUAUAGCUAUGCAACCCUCAUUGAGCUGUGUGACUUGCAGCACAGGAGAACCAAGGGGCAGAGGCUGACAGAGAGCCUGAGAGGAGCCUCUUGCUUCAGACAAGAAGUGAUGGUUUGUGCCUGUGCCAUGGUUCAGAACACCUGCAAGAGCGCUGGCACUGCAAGAUAAUGAGCCUGGUUAUGGGGGCUCAAAUGAUAAAUUUUCCAGUGAUCGAUUUUUAUUGCUGGCAUAAAUUAAAACCCUUUUCAUACAGGAUAUGGAUGUCUGGAUCACAUCAAGGACAUCAGUGGUUUUGUGCCCUUAAAAUGAAGCAUCACAACAGUGACUUGCUAAAAAGACAACUGAGAUGAUGAGUGAAUCCUGUAAAGAAAAAAAAAGAGCACUUAGAGCAACAGCAGGAUGAAGCAUCAGCCCUAAAUGUGGCUGUGCUGUCAAAAAUGGGAUCUGACCUACUGAAAAAGUUUUGACAUAAUAGAAUGGGAAGAUAAAUACUGAUAGUAAUGACUCCCCAGCAAUCCCAUUAUUCCUUUGAAGUACAUUGUAAGAAUUCCAGUGUGUGGCUUCAGUGGGAGUGUCUUCGGACCACUCCAUUUCCACUGAAAUGGAAAAUUAACAAAACUAUGAAUACUUCAAAAAGUUGAGAAACUGCAACAUCUGUCAUCUGAGACAGCCAGCCAGAAUUAUUCAGGCCCUCGUGCUGGCAUACAAUGUAGAGGACUGAAACUGUAAGCAUCCCAGCCUUCAUUAGUACAGUUAGGUCAGUGAGGGCCACCUCGCCUUCCCCACAGCCAGCACUGGCAGCAGUGGGUGCCAAACUUCCCUGGGCUCCUGCGCUGAUGUCUGGGUCCCCCCUGGAGCUCACUGAAUUGGGGUUUUCAUUCCGGAUUGUGAGUCUGGGUGCCUGUUGCCCAUGGAUCAGGAGUUGCGCACCCAUUUCCUGACCUUUUACAACAAGGCCCCUCUAGACGGGCAAUACCAGUUCACCUGCAACAUAAGAUAAAUGGGUUUGCAGUCAGCAAAGAGGCUUUCAUACAGUGAUCCUCUCCAGAGCUACCUAAAACUGGCCAGAGAAAUCUGUGGGAGGGAGUAGCAAAGAAAGUACCAGGCAUUGUAAUUGGCCUUUUGCAGGGAGGAGAGAAUGGCCACUCUUGGAGCAGUUUUUUUCAGGGGAUUUCAGGAUGGGUAACCACACAUUGAUGCCACGACUGGGCUGUGACCAGCUUCCUCCACCAACAGUGAUCUGAUACUGCACAGAAGAGCUGUGCUUGGUCAAGCUGCGAGCUUGCUCCUCCAGUUCCAGGUUGUCUUGAGCAAAGUAACGACUCUCUGCAUGCUUGAAGAGGACUCUGUCUCUUUUGCACCAAGGUCCCUCCCAAAGCUGCUUCCCUGACUGAAGGGAGGCAGGACAGCCCCUGUACGUGUACAAAUACAGAUCCCUGAGAUGGAGCCAUCAAAUAACACUUUGGAAGCCAAACCUUGUCACAGACUGUUACAGGUAGAUAAACACAACACCACAGCGUUUAUUAUGCUCGGGCUAUUCUGAAAAUAGCUUUAAUGUCAUGGAGAUUGUUUUGCUGAGAAACCGCUUGGUGCUAUGUUCCUUUUUCUUCAGGGAGCUUUCACACAAAGAUGUGGGUGAGGAUUUGUUCUGUGUCGCUAGGUACAGGGUUUGGGACACAUGGAGAAGCUAAAGGCGCUUUAGCUCACUUCUUGAAUGGGUCCAGGAGCAGAGGGACCUUUGGCAUAAGCUGGGUGCUGCAGAUGUGACCCCGUGACACUCGGGAAAGCUCUGUAAUACAGCAUCUCCAUUGCGCUGUACUGGCCAUACCUGCUUUCUACAGCAGCUGUGACGUUGAAACCACCUUCAUCGUCACUUGGGGCUCCUAAAGUCCCUUUCCCAUUGCCUGCAGAAGAGAGAUCCAUUACAUAAUGUGACAAAGCUAUCAUUUUGAUAUGAUCUUAAAAGUGCCAGCCGGAUUACCAGCAUUAGAAACAUAAAAAUCUUAAGAAUAAAGUUAGCUAAUACUAAAAGAAUGCAUCUGCCAUGAUUCCCAUGUGAAUUCUCUUGUGACCUUUGUAGUUGCUUUUUGACAUCCACCCCUGCCUGCGUAGGGGCCUUUGCCAGGAAAGACUUUCUCCUCCCUUUCUGCCUGUCAUUUUUUGUCAUGCUUGUAAUCCCUCUCCAUCCCCCUGCUCUCCUUGGCUGUUGCCAGUUAACCUUCAGCGCUGCACCCAGGGGUUCUGGGCAAUUCAGAUGUGGAGUGAGUGGUGGUUUGUAAAAAGACAUUUUUACCCCCUAUAAAAGCAGAAAUUAGAGAAUACACAAAACAACCCUGAGGGCCCUCCGGAUAUUCUCUGAAGCCCAACAGGGGUGUUACUGGAAAUGUUUUCAAAAUUAAAGCUGAACAUAAUUUCAAAAUGAUUAAGUAUUGUUUUCGAGCCCAGGGCAGCUGCAGUCAUAGCUCUGAAGUGCAAACAACAGGAGCAAAGGCAUUCAGUUUUCAUUGUCCUUGGUGAGAGCAGCAGCAGAGAGAAGCAGCAUUUCAUGAGUCAUAGAAAGCACAUGGAAUGCCAGGAUGCUUAGUUACAUUUGAGUUUGAAAGUAGGAACCAAAAGUUGAUGAGCUCAUUUGAGAAGCAACGUUCAGUUCAAUGAAACGGCAAGGUUUUAAUCUCUAAUGCCUGGUGGUGACUCUCUACCACACCUGCUCACCUCACGUAGAAAAAUACAUCUUGUUUUCUGCAAAGCCUCUACUGCUUUUGAGAACAACACCAAAAUGAACUUGGAGGCGAAAGGAGCCUAUCAUGCACCCCUGUCCCAGGCUGUCUGCAGAGCACCAAUGCUGUCCUGAUGGUGCAUCCCAACAGGGUCACCUUUAGUUCUGUUUGUACAAGCCACGCAGCCCGGAGACUCGAGCUGGGAGCUUGGUGCCCACUGCUGCUGCCUUUUCACAGACCCUGUUUGAAAGCCCUGGCCCAGGGUACAGUCCUCUUGCUGUUCAUCAAUGAGCUCUGGGGUUCUUUUUCCUGCUGCUGUUGCUUGCCUGCAACAGCCGUUUCCCACCCAUUAUGCAGUGAGUGAGUGGUUUUCUUUUUCUGUACUUGGCUGUUGUUAUUUUGCUUAGAUUGUCCUUCUCUCCUGUAAUGAAUUAUUUUCAAGGGGAGGGGGGAGGACAUAACAAUACCCUGUAUAAUGAAAAUCCAACACUUUUAUACCUUUCUGGGACACAUCCUCAAACCCAAUUACCAAGCAUUAUACAUUUGCCAUGCUUGCAGUUUCAAAGUUGUUGUUUUUGAGAUGUCACCAUGGAGAAUAAAAGCAGGAAAAGCUAC